GUGUGUAAGGGCAGUCUAUCCCGUAGUAACGUCUACUCCCUGCUGCUGGCUGGUCUGUGUCUCCUGACUUCCUGAAGCUGUGGCGUCCCCUACUAGAAAAUUCAUAGAUCCGAGGGUUGUCACAUAGUAACUUUUUUGAAACACGAGAACUGUAAUUGUCGUCAGUUCUUGAAGUGUCAACGUUCUCCAGUGCAUCAUGCCCCGCUUGGUGAAUCGGAUAGAAAUUUCAGUCGCCCUCCGGUAGCUUUGGACUCGGCGACGGAAUGAAACGAAGUUUUCUCCGGCCAAGACUACUGACCAUUUCCCUCACCAUUAUUGCGCUUUUCCCAUGUUACUUUAUCGUGAAAAAAGAAUUUUCUCCCAGUGCUAAAUCAUGGAUUCUUGUCAACGUUUCGAGUAUUUCUAAUCCUUUUAUUCGCGAUGAAUCAAAAAUAACUGGAAAAAUAAUUACUGAGUCUAAGGACGAAGGGAGACGAGGUGUUACACUAAGUGAGGUCAGCGAUGAACUACGAGAGGACAGCGACACGCAGGGGCAAGGCGCCAUGCUGGGCGGUGGAGUGCCGGAAGGAAUGUCAGAGACCCCGCUGACCGGUUGGCCAUUAUUGCAGCAGCGAGCAAACGUGGUGCAGCGGGUGUGUCGCCGCUUCAGGGUUCAGCAUGCCCCGGCGAGAAGCGACGACGGGCCGCGGGCCACAACAGUGUCAGGGAACUACACGGAGUAUGUGUCACUAAAAGCAUUUCAAAUGAUCCGCUCUGCCUUCUCUCUUGCCUGUGUCAUCAACAAAGUGGCUUCAACAAGUCUAAUGAUGAGUUUCCUAAGAGUUGAAGGGGUUCCCCAGUACAUCACAGGAUCCCCACAUAUGCUUGCUGACCGUUUCCUCAAGCCCCAGACGGAGAGGGAACUUGCCUUUGCCCAGGACCACUUCUUCAAGUUCCUGCUUGUCCGACACCCCUUCGCACGCCUCCUCUCAGCAUACCGAGACAAGGUGGAGCAGGCAAACCACUGGUCACUCAAGGAGCUGCGGGAGCACAUAUUCCAGACCCUCGGCAAGACUCCCCAGUCCUACAAGAGUCACCAAAAAGUCCCUCCAAACAGUGGUGGUGCCGUCCCUACUUUCAGUGACUUCCUUCAAUACAUUUUGGUCACCAAUUAUACAGGGGAAGGCUUUGACUCCCACUGGGCUCCCUACUGGCACCUGUGUUCCCCCUGUGCCAUCCAGUAUGAUGCUGUGGCCAAGCUUGAAACAGCAGAUGUGGAUCUAAAGCUUAUUUGGCAGAAGAUUGGAAUACAUGAAGCAGCAAUCCCUUGGUUCAACCACAUGAGCCCGAGUAACACAAGCAGCACCACCAUCAACCCCUACUACCGGGCCCUGGAUCCAGCCCUCAUCGCCCGGGUGUACCGCUACUACUUCCUAGAUUUUGAAAUGUUCCAGUACAGUGUUCUGGAUGUUUUGAGGGAGGGAGGCCACUGCCAGGCACAUGACUGUUCUGAUAUGGUUUCUUAUUUUAGACAAUAGCUUUGGAAUAUGCAGGUGUGUGUCCAUACCAGACUCUCUAAAGAAUGCUGUGUUGAGGGAGGUAAAUUUUCAAGACUAGAUUUCUCUCAUUCAAAAGGAUAUUUAUCCAUACUCCAAUGAGAAAAAGACAUUUCUGACACUUUGAUGUAUUACUGUAUACAUAUGCAGUAAAUAUCUUGAUAAGCCACAGAGGAAGGACCUAGUCACAUAUUUAUUCCUGCACUAUGCAGUGAUUGCCACUUUUACUGAGCCUACAGCCUGGUUUGUACAGGCAGUGGUGAUGCUUUGUGAUGUGAGUGAAGUUGGAGGAAUAAUUGCUCAAUUAUUUUAUGGUAACAAAUCUUUCCCUAUUUUGAAAUCACCUGACCCGACUCAAUAUACAAACAAGGUUAGGUAUACCCUUCAAGUCUUUAAGAGGUCCUGAAAUUUUUUUAAAGUUAGUUACUAGUAUACUGUACUAGCUGCCACUGCAUUAUCAUAAUUUUUGUCUAUUUCAUCUCUAAUUUGUAACAUCAUAUCUUUCAUCCCCAAAUGGUACAAGUGAGACAAAGUGCUUUCUGUAAAUCUGUUAAAGGUUUUGAAAGUAAAAUAAAUGGAUGUCACAU